UGUAAGUGGGCGGAGCUGCUAUCAGCUGUUCACAAGGUGGAGGCGAGGAGAGAGAGAGAAGAACCCAAGUCUCUCUGAAAUAAGGUGACAUUUGGGCGUGUUUUCCAUGUGAGGAGUCACUUCUUCCAGUUUUAGAACUCCGCAAUCAGGACAAUGGCUGCUAACGUUGGCAAGAAGCUCAUCAACUCCAAAGAGCGAUGCGUAGAUGAGUCACUAGAGGGCACCGCUGCAAGCCACCCGGGUCUGCGCCUGCUGUCUGGUCAUCGGGUGAUGGUUCGAGAGGACGUGGCUUCAGUGCGAGCGGCAGCAAAGGUCACCCUGCUGUCCGGAGGAGGGUCUGGACAUGAGCCAGCACAUGCAGGUUACAUUGGCUCUGGGAUGCUGACAGGGGCCAUAGCGGGUUCUGUGUUCACCUCUCCUCCUCCUGCCGACAUUCUGGCUGCCAUCAGGGCUGUGGGACAGGGGAACCCAGCUGGUACACUACUCAUUGUGAAGAACUACACAGGAGACCGUUUGAAUUUUGGCAUGUCGUUGGAGAGAGCUCGUUCCGAGGGCCUUCAUGUUGACAUGUUGGUGGUUGGAGAGGACUGUGCCCUGACCAGCCAUGACAAGACAGCUGGCAGGAGGGGUCUGGCUGGUACAGUCUUCAUCCACAAGAUUGCAGGAGCCUUGGCUGAGCAGGGGCGAUCACUGGAGGACAUUGUAAAGGUGGCUUCACAGGCGGCCAGUCAGAUGGGCACCAUUGGGAUCAGCCUGUCACCCUGCAGUGUUCCUGGAUCAGGGCCGUCCUUCCAGCUGCAGCAGGAUGAGUUUGAGCUGGGCCUGGGUAUUCAUGGUGAGGCUGGCUUUCGGAGGCAAAAGAUGACUUCAGCUGAUGAAAUUGUGUCAGCCAUGCUGGAUCACAUGACUAAUCCUGACAACAGCACUCACCUCAAGAUUCCAAAGGGAAGCAGGGUUGCCCUGAUGGUGAACAACCUGGGAGGAACAUCCUGUUUGGAGCUGGGCAUUGUGGGUAGGGCAGCCAUUCAAUACCUGGAGAGCAGAGGAGUGGCAGUGCAGAGGGUGUACACAGGGUCAUUCAUGACAUCACUGGAGAUGGCAGGAGUCUCUCUCACUGUGCUCCAUCUGGAUGAUACCAUCACGGCCUGUCUAGAUGCUGAUACCAGUGCCCCGGCAUGGCCAUCUCAUUUGUCAGGGGUUGACAGGACAUCUGAUGUGUACAUCCCUGCACCGCAGCACAUCCAAGCAGAGGAGGGGGGGACACCCCUGGGCCAGACGGUACCAACAGACCAAGCACAAGUUCUGGAGAAGGUGGUGCAGCGAGUUUGUGACCGAAUGAUUGACUGUGAAGAACAGCUGAACAGUCUGGACAGGGCUUCAGGGGACGGGGACUGUGGAACCACCAUGGCCAGGGGGGCAAAAGAAAUUCUGGCAGCCCUGAGCCAUCUGCCUUUCUCCUGUCCUCACACUCUGCUGCUGACCCUGGCUGCCAUUGUGGAGAAGGAUAUGGGCGGAUCGUCUGGUGCACUGUACAGUCUGUUUCUAACAGCAGCUGCUCGGCCCCUCCAGUCCAGCACUGAUCCAGCAGCUUGGUGUGCAGCACUGCAUGCUGGGAUACAGGCCAUCUCAAGGUAUGGUGGUGCAGAGCCUGGUGACAGGACAAUGCUGGACCCUCUCAGCGCUGCCCACAGGACAUUGUCUACUGCCCUGUCAUCAGACAGGACUGCCUUACAGGCACUUGAAGAGGCUGUCAAGGCUGCAGAGAAGUCGGCCCAGGCUACAGCCAGCAUGCCUGCCCGGGCAGGCAGGGCCAGCUACGUCGGCGCAGACCAGCUGACUCAGCCCGACCCAGGGGCCACUGCUGUGGCCAUCGCCAUCAGGGCUACCCAUGAUGCUGUGAAGGGCAACUGAAGGGCACGGAACUGCCAUGAAUUUCAAGUAACACUGAUCACGUAAUUGCAUUUUGAAAGGAACUGGAAAUUACUGUCAUCUUCAUGAUAUUUUACAUAUGGAAAUUAUUCUAAUGACAUUACAUUAGCUUCAACUUUAUUGUUCCUCCUGAUACCAAAAUUGAAGUGAUGAUCUUUCAAAUGUCAUGUUACACUCAACUAUGUGCAGUUUAUCCAGAAAUAGGGUGAAAUGUAACUAAUGGACAUUCAAGAAGGUGCCUUACACGU